CGCCUUCUCUCUCACUUGUUGUAUCACCUUCUUCCCACACGUUCGUUUCCGUUCAUUCGCUCGCCGUCCUGUGGUCGUGCUUUCCACUCCUUCUCAAUCUCGUCUUUGUCCUCUCUCGACCUUCUUGGGCUUGUGAAGCGGGAUUCGGUGCAUGUCGCUCGACUCUUCUCUUUAGAUACCCAGACUGCGAUUUUUCCAUUGCAGUGCAAUCCACCCAGGUCGCUCCUUUACACAACCCCUACACGCUCAUUCACGUCUUCGCUCGUUCUACCGCACCCGAUUUUUCUUCGUUCGACACUUCGCGGACCGGUGCCUGCAACUUCUUUGUGCUUUUGAUUGACCCCGACAUCCACCUUGCAACCAGUUUUACGACGUCUGUGGCCCCGGAUUGCGGCUCUUCCCAGUCAAUCCUUAGACAAAGCCAGCGAGUUCUGGCGCUCAUACCACCCAUUGAACCCCGCACAUCCUACGAUUUCUGAAGGAAGAGAGCGCAGGAACGCAGAAGCGCGGUUGGACAGAGGCAGAGACCACAACACUAGUCUUCAGGACUUCUAUCCUCCGGAACAAAGUGAUUUUCAAUAGAUUGGUUGCUUGCAGCGUUGCCAUCAACUUCUCUGGUCUCUCCACAUGCAUGUCAGGAACAUGCCUACACACAUCUAAAGCUGGUUUAACUCCGAGUCCUGCUGAAACGCAGCAGAGGAGUCCAAUACAAGCUUGAACACAUUCAAAUCACCAUCGGAGCCUCGAACAAACAGCAAGAGCUGCCAUGGAUCCUCAACAGCCUCAACCGUCGCAACCCGGUCAUGAAACCCGCUUUCACUACUCCAAACCUAACUAUGCUCAACCUUCACAAUACCAACAGUUCCCUCCACAUCCGUCAGUGAGAGUACCCCCAAAUGUCAAGCUGAGCGCCCGCCAAGUUCCUGCCGGAGUUGGCGUUGCUCCUCCUCCAGUGAGAUUUGACAGUCCUCGCCAACAGCAGCAGAGGCCAACAGGGAACGGGAUGUUGAUCCAAAAUUUCAGAUUUCCGGUCGCCCCACCCAUACCCCCAUCCUCCUCAGGAAGGAGCAGACAAGACCCAUCCCAGUCGCCAGGUCGCAAGUACAAUAUGCAUCAAUCCUACAUGUCAUCAGUAGCGGAUGAAAAUGCUACUCCCGGAACGACUCCCGGAUCAAGAUCAAGAGGCUUCCCAACCCCAACGUCUAAGCGGUAUUCAGGUUCUGUAUAUGCUGAAAGCGAAGCUUUGGGACCUGAAGAUCGAUUUGAUCAAGAUGACUUUGAUCUGGAGUCAGACCGACCGGACUCGGCCGAUCCAAUGCCACAAAUUGUGCGGCAAGCAAGCCUUGGAAAACGAGCAAAGCCUGCCCUUACUACUAUCAGAAAUCGAGACAGCCACAUCGAGCAGAAUAUUCCGGAGGAAUUCCCGGCUCCUCCCACUCACGUCAACAAGAAGGCAACUAUGGAAGCCCUCAGUGCGGCAGUGGCUGCUGGUAUGGGUAGCCAAUUCAUUGGGUCUCGUUCUGGUACCCCUGUCUCGCGAAGUUACACUCCUGUGAGGAUGCCAUUUGACACGUCUCCUCCGUCCUCUCCCUCGGCGGAUAGAGAAUAUCUACAGACUCCAAAAUCUCCGAACACAAUUGCCUCCGGAAUGAUCCUUGCCCAGACACCGGCCUCCGGACAUUCUCAUAGAUCCACGAACAACCUGCUUGGCUUGGGCCUCGAGCAGCCUGCAAUGAGUGAUAAGAUCCCCGCCAGUCGACGGCCGCCUAGAUUGGACAUGGACGCGGUCAGGGAAGCCGAAAGCCGUGGCAGCACAACCAGUCUGGCAGACUUGAUCAGACGAGCAACGAAGCUUGCCGCCAAUCUCGACAGAGGCAAGACAGCAAGUCGCCUAGGCAUGUUGGACAUGUGGGGCAGUGGUGAAAAGAUGGGGGUUAACAAUCGCCAUUCCACCAUGUCAGACAUGCUGUCAGCUUUUCCUGCUCCAGCUAUGGGUGGUACUCCGACAAAAAGAGACACUGCCUGGCCGCUCGGUGAAAAGGGCGAUGGCUACGCGUCAACCACAGAUCUGUCCAAAAGCCAUCCCAGAAAACAACGGCGGAAAUGCUGCGGCCUUUCGUUGCCUGUCUUUAUUAUCGUCCUUGUCGUCAUCAUUGUUCUCAUUGCCGCCGCUGUAUUAAUACCCAUAUUCCUAAUUCUUGUACCAAAGCAACACAAAUCUACCGACCUCACCAACUGCGCUGCCAGCCAUCCUUGUCGAAAUGGAGGAACAAGCAUAGUGAGUAACGACGCUUGCGUCUGUGUCUGCUCCAACGGCUUUACCGGAAACCAGUGUGAAACGCCUGGAAGCACGGCUGAUUGUAUGACCAUUACGUUGAAUGAUGGCAACAACGAGUAUAAAAAUGCAACGAUGGGUCUAUCAAUCCUCCCAUCCUUUUCGGAUGCACAGACGCGGUUCGACAUCGCUCUCAAUGUCUCGACGAUAUUGUCGCUAUUUUCGUCCAACAAUCUGUCGUGCACAGGUGAAAAUUCCUUAGUGGACUUCAACUCAAGCGUCUCGAACUUUGGGUCGAGAAGGACGAGACGAUUCAUCAUGUUACCUGGCUUUGAGCCAAGCCGACCUGUGAUCAACAAACCUCAUCUACCUCAAAUGACUGCACGUGCAGAAGCAGACUGCUCGGAACCGUCCCUCGAGAGGAGACAAGACGGUGGCGUCGCAGGAACUUCAACCUCGAAUGGGAUUGUCUUCCAAGCCAGCUCGCCAACCAUAGGCCCUGUCAGUCCAACAGAAGCUGUGGUGACUGGUGCCUCGACUGUUACAAGCGUGACUGCAACGACGGACGCAGGCUCCGCCACCACGACGCCAACACAAUCCCCAACAACCACGACUAGUGGCGCCUCUGGACCUUCAUCGUCAGCCGUUAGCAGCGAAGAGCUCGACUUUGCGAAAGUCGUCGUUCUCUUCGUCCUCCAAGAAUCUCAAGCCAUGACUGUGGCCGUCAAUGCCCAACAGCGCAUAGACUCGUUCUUCGCUCAACAGGCAAAAGGUAACGCUACGUCUGAAAAGGUGGACGUUGGAAUGGGAAGCUUAGUGCUCACGGCGGAUUUCGACAAAUUCACAAUCACCGAGGGAGAUGGACAGGUCGUAGGGGGCCAGGAAGGUUCAUGAUCGAGAUGAAUGGGAAAUAAGGGGAAGCAAGCAUGGAAGCAGUCCACACCUACCAUGGCUUGCAAAGGAGCGACGUCGUAGGUGGUAUCGCAAUACUAUUUGAAGAUGGACACGCAUUUCUAGCAGGCGCUAUCUGAGGCACGAAAUCAAUGCGUUGGAAAAUGUCAUUGGCUCAGCAUGGGCCAACAGUGUUUGGAAAGAACAGAGGGCGUCAAAUGAGGCAGGUCAUCUUGGCUAGGUACAGCCACGGGAAUGUCUAUGUCCUACUAUUCGCCUCGAAGCUCUUGUAUGAUAUGCUGAGUGGUGGGAGACAAAAUACUUGCUUUGUUUGAGCCGUUCUUGACUUCGAAAUGAUACCUGGACACAAUGGAUGGGGCCAAGUUAGACUUGAUUCACAAUCACUGAACCAACCUUCUUCUUGUACUUUUAUGGAACGUAUGAUACUGUGUUGGGUGUGUUAGCUGUGUUGUUUCGUAGGAAGACUGCGCACUGGCCGCUGAGCGUUGAGGCUAGGAG